AUGCAGACCGUUCAAGCGCGAACGAAUGGCUUCGAGACGUUGCCGUGUGAGCUUCGAUUGCAGAUCCUCGAGCAUGUCUUUGCGGACAACCUAGAUCACAGUGUGUUCAAUGGCCAUGGAAUGUCAACCGGACUCUUGUUGGACGACAAGUACAUGGCUCACCACCAUCUUCAACCGCUGUUGACCUGUCGACAAAUGUAUCAAGAUGCCAGUCUGUUGGCAAUGAGCCGGACGAACUUUGUGGUUUCCAACUUAUUCUUCCGAGUCCCCGAGAGACUGGCCAGGUUACAUGUCAAGCAAAUCGAGGCCCUCCGUUCGAUUGCCUUUGUUGCAGAUGCGAGACAUUUCCGCGAGUUGAUUGCCUGGAAUGGUUCUCCAUUUGGGAUGCCGGGUUUACAACUCGAGACGCUUACGAUUAUUCUCCAUCGUUCGAGUUUCUGGCAUUACCUCUUUGAUUUCACGGCCGAUGUCGUCAAAUUAUUGCGAAAUCUCAAGGGGAUACGAAAGUUUGUGUUUGUGAGAAAUGGUGCUCGCGUCAAGGGGAGUUUCAAGACUUGGUGUAAUCGAUUGGUGGGGUUGAUUAUGAAGAUUGAUCAUCAGGAACGAUAUAUGAAAUCUGUGCCGUGUUUGGAGAUGACUUGGUGGGAAUGGAGGUUUGAUGAUGUUGCUCAGAGUUUAUGUUUGGAAGCUCGUGCUGCGAGGCCGUUGGUGGAUGAGGAGACGUAUUUUCAGCAGAUGAUGCCUUUGAUGGAGGCUUUGAGGGUUAGUGUUGAGGAUGAGGAGUGGAAUCCGGAUCCGAGGGCGCAUAAUGGUACUUGA